AUCACGUAGCGAAUGUUGACAGCCAUGGAGCCAAAGCACGUGGCCAACUUCUCACACCCUUUUGCAGUGUUACAAGAAAAAGCAGCAAUUUCCUCAGUGAAUUUCCCAAACAAAACCUGGAAAAUUUCCCACUGUUUGACAAGAGAGCGUAUAGCGACUCGGAGCGCAAAACUAAGAGAGCGGACUGUGUGAUGCCGACGACGAAGUCACUGCUGCUGUUUUCCACUUGCUUUUCAGACCCAAUGGACCAGUUUGGAAAACUCACACAAUCAGUUUGUUUUGAAAUUUUGCCGCGAUGCGUUCGGCUUCAGAGCGUUCUCUCCACACUACGAACAAAUAUUCGCACUCAUCAAAUGGUCUUAACAAAAUAAAAUAAAACUUACACAAUAUGUGUAAUUACAAAACAAGUGAAGUGUUACCAAAUAAUUAAGGCAAUUUUCAACACCGCUUAUAAAUUUAAAAUGUUUUAGAUAUACUGGGUAAAUAAUAUUUGGUAAUAAACAACAACUUUAAGCUGCAAUUUCGUUACAAAAAAGAGCUAAACAAAAAUUCAUAUAAAAAAACGAUUGUACAAAUAAUAGAAAAUAACUGUGCCGUUGCAAUUGGAUUGCAAUAUGCAGGCUUAGGCUAAAGUUAUUAUUACAAAAGCUGUUAAAUUAUAUAUGCAGCUGGAGCUUAUAAUAAGUUUAAAAUGUGAAAUGUUGAGAAAUACCACUGAGUGUAUCAAUUUAAUAAACGAGGUAAAAGCAAGAAAAAUUGUUAUCUAAAAUAAAUAACUAAUUUUGUUUUGCAACACACGGAUUUGGCAACUCUUUCUGAAAUCGUAAAUCGUAAAUUACAAAAAACGCAAAUACUUUGCAUUUUACAACAGCGACUUCUGCGAGUCGUUGUUGUCGUGGAGGGAGCCGCACAGCUUUAGGAUGAGAUGGAGAUGCAAAGCUACUCUGGUCAUGGACCAACGACUGCAACACCAGCAACAUCAAUUGCAGCAAACACAGCAGCAACACUCUCACAGCGACACUUCAAUUGUCGACUGGAAGAGGCGGCUUGGCCUGAGGUCUGGCGGCCGUUUAUUAACUGCGAAAGCAGAAACAACAGCAACACCAGCAGCAACAGCGACCACAUCCUGCCCACCAGCAACAUCCUCAUCAACGACAGCAGCAUCAGCAGCAACACAUUCCAGUGUGCUCGUCAAACAUUCGAUAAAGCUGAGCAGACUGCAUCCUAUAGAUGCGAUGAGGAGAGUCCUUUGUCUGAAAGCUGCACGUUGAGGCUGAAGGCGCGACUGUUGCAAGUGCCAUACGAGGCGUAUGAGCAAUUUCGACUGGCAAUCAACGGCGCCCUCAGUGAUAAUGCGAGUGAUACACUUAGUGAUAGUUCGAGCUGCGAGAACGGAGAGGAUGUAAUUGGAUUGCAAUGUGAGAUGGGGCCAGCGCAGGAACAAUUCCUCUGUCAUUUGCAGCAGCACGAGAUAAAUCCAUUUCGGCAGUUUGAGAGCACGGAAGAGCUCCCUUCAAACGAUAGCUUGCUGGAGGCGUAUCAAAUCGAGCUGACCGACGGCCUCUGGUCCUUCCUCAAUGUCAGCGGGCUAAUGGAAUCCGGCAACGACACCUUUGGCCUUUCGAAUGGCUCCACCACCAGUUUAGAUGUGAUUCUGUCCAACUACACAGCACUGACCACAACAACAGUCGCUUCCACCGCAGCCACAUCAGCCGACUUCGGGGUCACCAAGAGCUUUCUGGACUACAGUCCGCACGGCUACGAUUGGCUGUUCCUGUUCGUGGUCUUCUUCAUCUUUGCGGGUGGCCUGGGCAACAUCCUCGUCUGCCUGGCCGUUGCCUUGGAUCGGAAGUUGCAGAACGUCACCAACUACUUCCUGUUUUCACUGGCUAUAGCCGAUCUGCUGGUCAGUCUGUUCGUGAUGCCCAUGGGUGCCAUACCUGCUUUUUUAGGUUAUUGGCCACUGGGCUUUACCUGGUGCAACAUUUAUGUGACCUGUGACGUGCUGGCCUGCUCGUCGAGCAUCCUGCACAUGUGCUUCAUCAGUUUGGGACGCUAUAUGGGCAUACGGAAUCCAUUGGGUUCGAGACAUCGAUCCACAAAGCGGUUGACUGGUAUUAAGAUUGCUAUUGUCUGGGUGAUGGCCAUGAUGGUAUCCAGCUCAAUAACAGUGCUAGGUCUCGUCAACGAAAAAAACAUAAUGCCGGAACCCAACGUCUGUGUUAUCAACAAUCGGGCUUUUUUCGUGUUUGGGUCUCUGGUGGCUUUCUACAUACCCAUGCUUAUGAUGGUGACCACAUACGCCCUGACAAUUCCCCUCCUCCGGAAGAAAGCACGUUUUGCCGCCGAGCACCCGGAAAGUGAGCUUUUCCGCAGGCUGGGUGGACGCUUCACCAUAAGGUCGCAGAACAGCCAGCAGCAGUUGCAGAUGGACAGCAGCAACAACAAGUUCCUGUCAAUGGGUGACGGCACUCGCAACUUUAAUAAUUCGGGGGCGGGAAUAGAAAAGGGAGGAGUCAUACGGGGAUCUGCCACCAGGGGAAACGGCGUGGAGCCCGCCGAACGUCCGUUGAUGCAGCAGCGAACGACGAGUUGCAGGAGCAUCGGAACGGUCAGUUUCCGCAACGUGGCCAACGGCAGUGGGGAUCGCGGAGGAAGUGGGUCCAGGGGGGCCACCGCUGCCCGCAGCAGCUUCCGGUUUUCUGGCGGCGGCAUCUUGCGGCACUCGUCGUCACCCGCCUCGAGCUGCCACUCCACCAACAAGUCGCACUCGAGCAGCUUCUGGCGCAAACACGGUGGCAAUCCCAACCUAAUGGACAGCCAUCCAAACAGACGGGCCUCUGUGCGUGUGAGCAUCUCUCAGCCACAAUUGGGUUACCCGACAAAUGGAAGUGGCAAUGGAAGCGGAGCUGGAGCUGGAGCUGGAGGCGGUGGAACUGGUGGGGCGACGGAAUCUGGAGGGGGUGGCCAUGGCUCAUCAACUGCGACAACGAGCUGCACAACUCCUGAAGGCACCAGCAUGAUGAGAAUCGCCACCAUCCAGGGCCCAAGUCUGAACCUCAGCCAGAGUCAGGGAGCUGGAGGAAAUCAUCUGCUGGAGCAGGUGAGGCCCACGGCUUCGAAACCUGAUGAACGGCAGCGCCUCAAAAUGCGGCCCUUUAAGUUUGCAUUAAACCGCGUCGCCACGCCCACCCUAAAUUUACGUUUCCUUAACAAUCGCAGCAAGCGGAAUAGUCUAUCGGCCAAUGCGGUUGCCACAGAGCAGAAGGCCACCAAGGUGCUCGGACUGGUGUUCUUCACCUUCGUUCUGUGCUGGUCGCCGUUCUUUAUCCUGAACAUCAUCUUCGCCGCCUGUCCCGAGUGCCAGGUGCCCGAGCACGUGGUGAACACCUGUCUCUGGCUGGGCUACGUCUCCUCGACGAUCAAUCCAAUAAUCUACACCAUAUUCAAUCGCACGUUCCGGGCGGCCUUCAUCCGCCUGCUCAAGUGCAACUGCGAACGUUCCGGCCGCCCGCUGCGCUACCGCUCCGUGACGGAAGGACGAGGCGCCCUGAGCCUGUGCGCCCCCUCGGCCCUGCCGCUGGCCAUUUCCUUCCAGGGGGCGCCACUCAUGACGCCAUCUACCGCGAAUGCAACGCCGAUGAGCGAGUUUCGGGGCAGCUACACAAUCACCGACGACGAGUGCUGAGCCGCCCUCUUUCCAUGCUAAAUAAAAUACGAAUUUAUACGACGAAAGAGCAAAAACCAAUCGGAAUCAACUAAUCUUAGAAGCUGUUAAUCAAAGGAAAAUGCUAACUUCAGGGAGAUUCAUGCAAACCUUUCCGAAAACUAAUCACAAUCAAAUUGUCGACUUUUGUAGAAACUAUAAAACAACUAAACUUAAAACUCAUCACAUAUCAUUGUAUCAUAUGUAAAGGGAAAACAAGCAAGGGAGAGAUUGAAAAGUAGAGUGAGAGAGUUAGUGAGUGCAAUAAUAACUGUGUUUCAUUUCCACGCCGACAUUCUAGCCUUAGUCCUCGCUAUUUUCCUAAGUCAAAAACCUAGAAACUUGUUAGAAAACAAACUAAGACUAGUGAUAGUUUUAAUUUAUGAUAAAGUAAUUAAAUUACCAAUGGCAAAUUCCUUUGAUAGUCACUAGAACGCUUUGAAUUCGUAUAGAGAGGAAUUGGAUUGCUCACCCACCCUUAAGGUCGUUUUAAAAUGCCCCGACAGCAUUGCUGUUCCUUUAGUUGCCCUGUGUUUAAGUGUCUUUCCUUAGUAAGUAAGCUAACCGUUCAAGAACAUGAAUUUCAAAACUUGAUAAAUAAAUAUGAAACGCAAUACGUAUAA